GCGGUGGCUUCUCUUGUUGCGGAGCACGGGCUCUAGGCGCGUGGGCUCAGUAGUUGUGGCGCUCGGGCUUGGUUGCUCCGCGGCAUGUGGGAUCUUCCCAGACCAGGGAUCAAACCCGUGUCCCCCGCGUUGGCAGGUGGAUUCUUAACCACUGCACCACCAAGGAAGCCCCUGCCACACUAUUUUGGAGGUAUAUUUCUGUGAUCUUUACCAUACUUCUUCUAUUCACUUGCUUGUAUUUGGCCUCACUUGAACAAACUUUCCUGAAAUGCUGAGUGUUGGAGAGGGGAUGAUAAGAGCGUUGGUAGGUAGUCUUGGAAAUGACCCUAAAGGAAGUGAAAUAAACCCCAUUUUAGGUUUUGUCUGUUGCUGAGUGCCCCUCUUUUAACAGAUUUCCUGGGUAAAGCUGUUAAGCAGUGUUUAACAGAUAUGUUACUUUUAUACGCCCACUCCUCUAGGCUCAGGCAAAGCAACGCGCUGGCAGAGCUGGGAGAACAGGCCCAGGGAAGUGUUACAGGCUGUACACAGAACGUGCCUACCGAGAUGAAAUGCUGACCACCAACGUGCCGGAAAUCCAGAGAACCAACUUAGCAAGCACAGUGCUCUCACUCAAGGCCAUGGGCAUCAAUGACCUGCUGUCCUUUGACUUUAUGGAUGCCCCGCCAAUGGAAACCUUGAUCACAGCCAUGGAGCAGCUAUACACGUUGGGGGCCCUGGACGACGAGGGCCUACUUACUCGCCUGGGCCGCAGGAUGGCAGAGUUCCCUCUGGAGCCAAUGCUGUGCAAAAUGCUGAUCAUGUCUGUGCAUCUAGGCUGCAGUGAGGAAAUGCUGACCAUCGUGUCCAUGCUGUCUGUGCAGAACGUCUUCUACAGGCCCAAGGAUAAACAAGCCCUUGCAGAUCAGAAGAAGGCCAAAUUCCACCAGACCGAAGGGGACCACCUCACCCUGCUGGCCGUGUACAACUCCUGGAAGAACAAUAAGUUCUCCAACCCGUGGUGCUAUGAGAACUUCAUCCAGGCUCGUUCUCUGCGCCGGGCCCAGGACAUUCGCAAGCAGAUGUUGGGCAUAAUGGACAGACACAAGCUGGAUGUGGUCUCCUGUGGUAAGUCCACAGUCCGAGUGCAGAAGGCCAUCUGCAGUGGAUUCUUCCGGAACGCUGCCAAGAAAGACCCACAGGAGGGUUACCGGACACUGAUUGACCAGCAGGUGGUCUACAUCCAUCCUUCCAGUGCUCUCUUCAACAGACAGCCCGAAUGGGUGGUGUACCAUGAGCUGGUGCUGACCACGAAGGAGUACAUGCGUGAGGUCACCACCAUUGACCCCCGGUGGCUUGUGGAGUUUGCUCCAGCCUUCUUCAAGGUCUCUGACCCGACCAAGCUAAGCAAGCAGAAGAAGCAGCAACGACUGGAACCCUUAUACAACCGCUAUGAGGAACCCAACGCCUGGAGAAUAUCCCGAGCCUUCCGGCGGCGCUGAAAGGCAAGAGUCUGUUCGUCUCUUCUGCAGCAGUGGGCCAGGGCUUGGCCUCGCUCUUAUUGAUGAAAAGCUGAUCCUGAGGAUACAGCUGUCCAGUGACUGACUAUCUUAACUGGGCAUUUCCUAAACUUGUCUCUCAUUUCUUCCCUGGUGGUAAAAUAGAAACAGGGAUUUACGCCUGGUUUGAUCGGAGCCUCCAAGCCCCACCACCCCAGGGCACUCAGCCAGGGCUCACAGCCAACGUGGGAGUACACUGCAUCAUCUCCAAGAAAGGGGAAACUUCUGCAGCCCUCGGAUGGGAAAGGGGAGUCAUGAGCAUCUGGUACCUGGACUCAGUGAGGGCCCUGAUGCCCUAGCUGGUACCCUGGAGGGGGGAGCCACAAAGCUCGCUGAAAGUGUUGGCCCCGCUUCCUGCCCCUGUCCAGCCCCUGUACUUUUGCUUAACCUCCUGCAAAUAUUUAUUUUCUUAAGGAAACAAAA